CGGCCCCGCCAUGGCCGAAGCACCGCAACUGGUGGACAUCGACCCCGACUUCGAGCCGCUGCCGCGGCCCCGCUCCUGCACCUGGCCUCUGCCGCGGCCGGAGUUUAACCCUCCCAGCUCGGCCACUUCCAGCCCGGCGCCGUCGUGCGGCGGGCAGCCCGAUGGGGCGGCCGGAGCCGCAGCCGGGGCCGGGGCCGCCGCCUCGGGAGCGCUGAGCGCCGACUUCAUCAGCAACCUCAGCCUGCUAGAGGAGAGCGAGGACUUCGCGCCGCUGCCCCCCGCCGCCGCCCCCCCGGAGGCUGCCGCUUGCCGCUGCGGGGACUUCCCGGCGCCCGAGGCCGGCUGCCGCCUCCACCCGCCGGGACCGCCGCCGGUGCCGCCGGUGCCGCCGCCCGUGGCCGGUCUGUCACCGGGCCCCGUGCCCGGGCAGCCCCGCAAGAGCAGCUCGUCGCGGCGCAACGCGUGGGGCAACCUGUCCUACGCAGACCUCAUCACCAAGGCCAUCGAGAGCUCCCCUGAGAAGCGGCUCACCCUCUCCCAGAUCUACGAGUGGAUGGUCAAGAGCGUCCCCUACUUCAAGGAUAAGGGCGACAGCAACAGCUCGGCCGGCUGGAAGAAUUCAAUCCGUCACAACCUGUCUUUGCACAGCAAGUUCAUCAGAGUGCAGAAUGAAGGAACAGGGAAGAGUUCCUGGUGGAUGCUCAAUCCUGAAGGAGGGAAGAGUGGCAAAUCUCCUAGGAGGCGAGCAGCGUCCAUGGAUAACAACAGCAAGUUUGCCAAAAGCAGAGGCAGAGCUGCCAAGAAAAAAGCAGCCCUUCAGUCUGGUCAAGAGGGAAAUGGUGACAGCCCCGGAUCACAGUUCUCAAAGUGGCCUGCAAGUCCCAGCUCUCACAGUAAUGAUGACUUUGAUAACUGGAGUACAUUUCGACCUAGAACGAGCUCAAAUGCUAGCACAAUUAGUGGAAGACUUUCUCCUAUUUUGCCAGAGCAAGAUGACCUUGGAGAUGGGGAUGUGCACUCCAUGGUAUACCCAUCAUCAACCACCAAAAUGACUUCUACUCUACCAAGCCUUUCAGAGAUGAGUAAUUCUGAGAACAUGGAAAAUCUUUUGGAUAAUCUCAAUCUCUUAUCACCUAAUACAUCAAUGACUGUGUCAACCCAGUCUUCAUCUGCCACCCUGAUGCAGCAAACACCAGGUUACUCGUUCGCAUCCUCAACCACAAGUAUAGGUUCACCAAAUCCUGACUACAGGAAAUUCACUUACGCUCAAGCUAGCAUGAGCUCUUUGUCCCAGAUUCCUAUGCAGACUCUCCAAGACAGUAAAUCAAGCUAUGGAUCGAUGAGCCAAUACAACUGUCCUGCGGGACUUCUGAAGGAGUUACUGACUUCAGACUCUCCGCCACACAACGAUAUCCUGGCAUCGGUGGACGCUGGUGUUUCCCAGGCUGGUGGCAGGGCGCUGGGCCAAAGCGUGCUGAUGGUCGCCAACUCGGUGGUGCCGAACUACGGCAGCCAGCCACCCCACAACAAAAUGAUGAACCCCAACGCCCGCCCUCACCAGGGACAUAACCAGCCAGCGCCUGCAGUCAAUGGCCGUGCCUUGUCACACACAGUGAACACCAUGUCACACACGUCAGGGCUAAAUCGCCUGUCGACAGUGAAGACUUCGUUACAAGUGCCUAUGAGUCACCCGAUGCAGAUGAAUGCCAUGAAUCCAUAUGCCCCUGUUAACAGUUGCAAUGGCUACGGGAGGGUGGGAAUUGUUUCCCUCCACCAGGAGAAGCUUCCCAGUGACUUAGAUGACAUGUUAAUUGAACGGUUGGACUGUGACAUGGAGUCCAUUAUCCGUAAUGACCUUAUGGAUGGAGAAACGUUAGAUUUUAACUUUGACAGUGUAUUGCCUAACCAAAGUUUUCAGCACAGCGUAAAGACAACCACACACAGUUGGGUGUCAGGCUAGGAUGUAGUAGGAGGCUAUGGUUAAAUUCUCCAGACUUGUCUGACAGCAGGAACUGAGAAAAGCAGUACAAAGAUGUCCUUCACCUUUCUUUUUAAUUUUCUUGACAAAGCUGUGCGCAUGCACUAACUUUUUUGGGGUUUUUUGUUUUUUUGGUUUUUUUUCUUUUGCCUUCCUUUCGUCAGAGUUGGCAGCAGAGAGAGUAUUUUCCUGUACAGGAUGUUUGCCCAAGGUUUGCAGGUUAUGUGCUGCUGUAGAUAAGAACUGUGCCAUUGGAAAUUUCGUUACUCUGAAGUGCCAAAUUCACUACACCAUAUAAUCACAGCAAAGACUCUUACUUACAUCAUGUUGUGCUUUCGGUUUUGUACAGUAUGAUCUGUAGAAGAAGACUUGUUUUUUAAGACUAUCUGUUUCAGUCUAAGAAAAGUUUAUAAACUUUUGUAAGAAUACUGUGAUGAUCUCAUGCCCUAAGUAAGUUUAACCUUCGUUGAUGUUACCUGUGUUUUGAUGAAUUGAGAUAACUGUGGACUUGCCUUGCAGCAGUAUGAACUGCUUUAUUUUACUCAAAAUUGCCACACAUUUCAUAUGGGAAUAGAAUAGCCUGUUAAAUAUGAUCCUACUAAACUCACUGACUAUUCAAAGCAACCAGUAGGUUAAACGCCAUUUGAUAAUUUACCUGUAUUUGUGUAAAUUUAUGCAAGACUAUAUCUGGAUUUCAUUGUCAGAUUAAUCACUUUAUUGUUGGGCUUAAGAUAAUUUUUGGAAUACUUUCCAAGUUAUUUUUCUUAUAAUUAAAGUCUACUUUUGUUACAUAGGCAACUUUAAAAAAAAAAUAAAUCUGAGAUCUGGCAGCAUUCAUAACCUCUUCAUUUUGUACAGUAUUUUAACUGGAUUAAGUACACAUUUUUAUAAAUUUCCGUAGCACUUGGGAGUGCUAAUAACAGAAAAGCUUGAUAAGGAUCUUGAAUACAAAACAUUUCUGUCCCUUUUUUUGUUGUGUGAUGUAUAAAUAUAGACAACUUUAUGUUUAGAAAUAUUUAAUCAGUUUUAUAUAUGCAUUUUUAGAAAUGUCAUCUGCUUCUAUUACCAUUUUAACUACCACGAAGUGUUAAGUAUUCAUUGUUAAGAUGCUUGUACAAUGCUUCACAUUUAUAUUUAUUUCGUGGAGGUCUCAUAAUGUUUGUGCACUCAAGAGCAGGACCUUUUGCGGUAAAUUUGUAAUUGUAGCAAAGUUAAGGACAAAAUUGUCAUUUGUCUUAAUUAGCACUAAUUUUAGGGUUCAUCAGUAUUUCUUUUGUAAAGCAGUAGAUUUGAAGAGGCAAAAAUGCUACUUUUGAGUGGGAGGCUAAAACUUGGACUUUAUUGCAGGACAAAACAUUACUUUUUUUUCAAAAAGAAAGAUGAAGUAAGUAGCAAAGUUAUACAAAUGCAUGAGGUUUAAGACAGGGGAGAGCAUUAAUAACAGGGAUUUUGUUUCUGUGGAAAAACCUGGUCUUGCUGGAGUAAGCACACUGACAGCUGUCUGAGGACUAGGUCUUAAAAUAAGCGAUUUCUGAUUUUUUGUCAUUGCAUGAUGCAGUUUUCAUGGAUGUGUGAAUAAGAGGCCUCACCUGGCUUUUCACUGGUUGCCACACAAUAUUUGUGUUACAGAAAUCCUUGGAGUUUUUUUUAAUGCGCUGACAGAAUUAACAGGUGUUUUUUUUGCUAGGGCUGGCUGUUAUGAAGAAGGGGAGAUACAAAUAUUUUUACACUGAUUUUUCUUUUGUGUAAAUAGCUCACAACCAGAAAAUGUCCUUGUUGAAACUCAUCUUCCCUGUAGUGAUGGUGUAUGGUGGAGAAGAAAACAGGAUGUGCCAAGUAAAUUAAGUUUAGUAACAAGCCAUAUAUUUAAUGAUCCUGUUAGGACUUUCCUGAGGCUCUACAAUGUAUUUAUUGAUGUGCUAGCAUUUAGCUCCCUGUUGGACUUAAAUCACUACUAAUUACAGCUGGUCCUACUUUUUUAGAUAUGUUUUUAUGGUUGUCAGGCAGUUCCAGAGGCUGAUGUGAUACAGGAUCUUCCCCAGCGUGAAAUUGGUCGUUGAACUUGUUUUGAUCAAAAUCAAAUGUUCUUAGUGCCAAAGCCUCGGUGAAGCCACCUGCUUUUACAGGCAAAUAUCUCCAGUAGCAUCUUCACCAUCAAAUGCCUGGUCUCUGAAACAUGGUAGUAAAUCUUGGCGGUGGGGCAAGUGGAGGGCUCAUACAGGGGUUUCUGAAGAUCAUUCUAUCUGCUGCAUUUGCAAAAAUGUUGGCUCCCAAAUAGGCACUGAUACACAUAGGCCAAAGUUGUCAUAAAAUCCACCUCUGCAUGUAAAGAAAGCAGUAAUCAAUUCUAUGCUCCGUGGCGAUGCAGCUGAACAUGCUACAUUUAACAGUAUACCUCCUGUUUAUUAUUUACUGCUACUGUAUAACUUCCUGUAAACAGCUGUUUUAUUCCUUUCCUUUUAUACCUAUGAAUAACAUAAAUGUAGCCUUACCUUAAUUACAACAAUCUGUAGAAAGCCCUUUUAAUUAUUUUGAGAAAACGGUUGUAGGUAAUCAGAGAUUUGGGCUGUGUGGUCUAUUUAGCAUUUUUUGGGGUUUGGGUUUUCAUUUUGAGGGGUUUUUUUGUUCAUUUGUUUGGGGUUUUUUGGUUCUGUUUUUUUUUUUUUUUUUUUUUUUUUUUGGUUUUUUUUUUUUUGUUUUUUUUUGUUUUUGUUUUUUUUGUCUUUUUUUGUGGUGCCAUCUAAUGUUUUGCAAUUGUAAUUCUGGAAUACUGUGAAGUUGGUGAAGGAGCAUGUUGUCUGCCUUGAAAACAAACAUUAUGUGACCUCUACUUAUAAAUCCUUUUUCAGUAAAAGUACCAAGUUUCUGGAGUAACUUAGUUUGUCAGAAUUGUUGUAAAUGAUUGGUUUGUGAAUUGUGCAGAUGAUCUUACCUAUGCAGCCUUGUUUUUGACUUUUCUCUGGUUUGUACUGUUAUUAAAAGUUUAUUGUAUUAUAGAGCUGUUGAGAUAUUUUAAAUAUAAAGAUGUAUUGUUUCCAUAAUAUAGCUAUAUGAUAUAUGUUUAGGUAGUAGAUGCAUUAAUUGGAAAGCUCUGCUUUGAUAAACUGACAGUUUGCCUACACUUAUAAGCAAAAAUCAUAUUGCUUAUUAUUGGCUUAGGUCAACAGAGCAUCCCUGAGAAGUUAAAAUUGGACCAAUUAUAAAACAGUAUAAAAUUUGCACUUGUUAAACCACUGGAUGUAUGUUAGUACUUUUUUAUUUUUUUACUGAUUUGAAAUUCCUAUUUUCAUUAUGAAAUUGCUAGGAUUCUUAAUUUAUGACUGAUUUUAAAUAAGGUAUUCUCAUUAUUAUUAUUAUUAUUAUUAUUUUGGUAAUCAUAAUGUAAGAUGCAGCAUGGUUUAUGCCAACAAAAAGCAAAUUAUUCAACAUGAAAACUGGCCUCUUUUUUGAAGGUGUUCCACAAACCAGCAAUAUCUGAGAGAUUGGCAUGUACAUACUGGUAGUUCUAUUUGCGAGUGGUGUGACAGCUCUUCAACGCUUCACUGCUCUGACUUAGUCACAUUGCAAAAUUAAAAUUCAUACGUGGAUAUUUUCAGAAAAAGUGCCUGAUGUACUUCUACAGACACAUGAGAACAAUCCCUGACAGUUUGUUGUAUAAAGCCAUAAAUGUAUAUAAAUUAUGUUAAAAAGAUUUUGUGUCCUUUCUUGUAUACGGAGAAUGAGAUUUGUACCAGGAUUCUACUUGUGAUUAGUAAUCCUUCUGCUGAGAUGUUGUCGUAAUCACUUUCCUCACCAUGUAAUCUUUUUAAUGAUGAUGAUCCCAUUUGGACAAUCCUGAUGGCAUUAGCAGUUUUAUACAGAAAAAUACCUCAUGGUACCAAGUCUUGCCUGGUGAGAUGAUAACAUAUUAAUGAGCAAACACUAACUGCAGAAAAGUUAACAAAUUUUCCAUUACUUGGUAAAAAGGAAUUUUUGUCUCUUAGCCUUGCUUCUGGAUUUGGAACUGUAGCAGGUACAGGAACCUAAUAGGGCUGUGUUACCAGUGUUUAAUCACAACCUAGUGUGCUAAAAGUAACUUGUUUACAAGUCUUUGAGACUAAACGCAAGAAGAAUCCAUGCCUGACUCCCAGGGCUCACGAGCCAGCUUUGUGUAGGAAGGUGCACAGAGCGGCGUCAGACCGUGCUGACAGUGCUUCAACAAGCGUAGUUCAGAGAAAAUGGCAAAAAAGUCCUGAAAUCGUUUCAGAAUGGGUGUUUGUAAGUAUAAACUCUUAAUAAAAUUGCUAUGACAUGA